UAUUCGUUGUUUUAUUUUGUCGUCGAGUGCGCAUUCAGAGACGAAACGAAAGCAAAUAAAUCUGGGACUACUGACCAAGGUUUGUCCUCUGCAAAAAUGGCGACUUUCUGCUGUCGCUUUAGCCCCUCUGCUGCCGUGAAGCAGGCAAAGACAUGGAGUCAACUAUCGAGAUGCUUGAGCACAUCAGCUUCUCGCGCAGCAACACAGAUGCAUGUAAGAGAUGCUCUGAACGCUGCUAUGGAUGAGGAGAUCGAAAGAGAUGACAAGGUUUUUGUCAUGGGAGAGGAGGUGGCUCAGUAUGAUGGAGCAUACAAAGUUACAAAGGGUCUUUGGAAGAAAUGGGGGGACAAGAGGAUUAUUGAUACGCCCAUCACAGAGAUGGGAUUUGCAGGGAUAGCCACAGGGGCAGCAAUGGCGGGAUUGAAACCGGUAUGUGAAUUUAUGACGUUCAACUUUUCGAUGCAAGCAAUAGAUCAGGUGAUCAACUCUGCAGCCAAAACCUUCUACAUGUCUGCAGGAACUGUGCCAGUGUCUAUUGUUUUCCGAGGACCAAACGGAGCGGCGGCGGGUGUGGGCGCUCAGCACUCUCAGUGUUUUGCCUCAUGGUACAGCCAGUGCCCCGGCCUCAAGGUCGUCUCACCUUACUCUGCGGAGGACUGCAAGGGGCUUCUCAAGUCCGCCAUCCGUGACCCAAACCCUGUUAUAUGCUUGGAGAAUGAGCUUAUGUAUGGAGUGUCGUUUGACAUGUCUGACGAAGCCUUGUCCAAAGACUUUCUCAUCCCCAUUGGAAAGGCCAAAAUUGAACGAGAGGGAUCACAUGUGACCCUUGUGUCACACUCCAAGAGUGUUGGCUUGUGUAUAGAAGCUGCAAAUGAGCUAGCUGGGAAAGGAGUGGAAUGUGAGGUGAUUAACCUGCGUACACUGAGGCCCUUGGAUGAUGAGGCUGUGAUCAAAUCAGUGAUGAAAACCAACCACCUGGUCACAGUGGAAGGAGGGUGGCCACAGUGUGGUAUCGGAGCUGAGAUUGCAGCAAGAGUGAUGGAAAGUGCUGCGUUCAACUACCUUGACGCCCCCAUCCUGAGGGUGACCGGAGCUGAUGUGCCAAUGCCCUACGCUGCCUCUCUGGAGCAGCUGGCCUUACCGCAAGUGGUGAACGUCCUCAAUGCAGUGAAGAAGUCUCUCAACCUACCUGCAUAGUCAUAGAGGAAGGGACAUCAUGUUGAACUUUGUGUUAAGAAUUGCUAUGGAAGAUAGAAAGAUUUUAUUUGUAAGUCUACCAGAAUUGUGGAAGCAUAUCUGUGAGUGUGUGCAUCUCUAUUUUAUGCGUGUUGUUAGAAAUUGAUAUGGGAAGAUGGAGGUUUUAAGAUACGCAUGACUCAGUUUUGUAGAUCAGGUCUUGGAGGAGUAGCCUUAUUCGGUCAGAAAUUACAAGUCGGUAUGAAAUUCUUUUGUCUCAAGUUGACUUUCUGUUUGGCUAAAUUCAUUACACAGUAUCUACCUGAUGAGAAGGAAAGGUUUCUGCCAUUUUGUAUUUCGGGGGUUUUUUUGGUCUUGAAAUUUUUUUCUUGCUGAAAAACUGACUUGUAAAGUUUUAGUUGUAUCAUUUGAACCUGGAUUUCACAAGUACAAUGAGGUUUUUUUUGUCCGGUUUAGUUGCAAUAUCUCAACUCUAAAAUAAACCCUGGCCAAUGGGUUUUUAUUUUCUUUAAGAAGAAUAUUGGAUUAUCAUGUAUAGCUUUUUGUCAUUGGUGCACACCUUUUGAAGCGUGUCAUGCCUGAAGUUUGGGUUGUUUGUUGCUCAAAAGUUUUAUUUGACUUGUUAGGUGACCUUUACUAUCUUUGCUUUGUGUCACUAGUUGUCUGGAGAACAAUUCUGCGAGAAAAGAUAUUAACACAUUACACCCCGACUCGCCCUGGAUCACCCGAGAAUUUCCUGACGCUCUCCACCCUAAGCCGCCCGGAAUCGCCUGCUCUGACCAGGCGUCUUUAGAAACGACGUCUCGCCUUUACGAGACUCUGUGGCCUAGAUUUUGUUUUACACAGUUAUUGCAAAAUUUUCUUUCUUUCGUUUGAUAUCAAAACGAUAUUUUUCGGAUUUGUAGUUUUAGUAUUAGAGCCAAUCGAUAUGCGAUCGCGUUAGAGACACUUCGAAGGUGUCUCAACUUGUUGAAAAGCGACACAAUUGAGAAAAAGGAAAUGACAAUGGAUUUGAGCAAGAACAAGCAAAUGACAAAUCAGAUGAAUCAAAUAUUGAUGAAAACAUUGUAGCAGGAGUUUGGGGCGAUUCAGAUUAAUCAGAUGAAGAAUUUAGAUCUAGGGCCCGACCGCGAGGCUGGUAGUGAGAGUGAUGGGUCGGAACCCCGAUUGAAUUCAAGUUAAAACAUUUCCAACAGUUUGUGCAUACAUAAACGUAUAUUUUUCUGAAACUAUAUUCAUUUCUCUUUCUAAUUAUUAUUUUUUCAGGAUUCUUGGAAUUUUUAAAGUAUUUUUUAAAUGGUUUUUUUUAAUAUAGGCCCCUAUAUGCAUGUGUUCACGGGAGGUGGAUUCCUUCCCCUUGCUUAGGAUCUAGGGGUAGACUUCCCGUCCAGACCCUUAAGGUGUAAUGUGUUAAGGAUAACUUGAGUCUUGCUGCACAAAUCUUGAACAUACUGCUACGCUGAUCAUCUACUCAUUUGGCCAGGCUGUCUUGCUGAACUUUGAAUAUGUGCAAAUUUUCGGAAAACCAUGAUAUUAAUCAGAUAUUUACUGUAUAUUUUGGCGCAAAUGAAAAACAUUGUCACCAGUGCCAUUUGAUAUCCAGAUUAAAAUUUUGGUUGGAUUUCCUGAGAAGGUUAUGGGAAUUCUUGAACAAAGCCCUGUUUUUAGUUUGAUUAAAAUUGUGGGUUUUUUCAUUGUGAAGUUGUGUCUUCAUGCAUUAUUUUCGAUACAAUGUCAAUGGGUGGAUGUAAUGUGGGUAUAUGAGCAUUGCUAGUGCGCCAUGGAAGUUCUGAAUUUGAUGUCCCAGAAAAACUAAAGGGACUCUCUGUGAUCAGACUGGUGACAUGUCUAGCACAAAUGCUGACCCGUUUGGCCUAUGUUUUCAAAACUUGUUCAGAUCAGUUCUUUUACUUUUUGGCUAUACCUGUUUUCCUGUAGGAUGCAAAUGUUGGAAGAAGCAUACUGAGUGCUCUUUGUCUUGCACCGUAACUUGGUGCCCUUGUAUAUUCUGUUUUGAGAUUAUCCCAGUUAUGGUGUAAUGAAUGUGGAACGUGAUUAACCUUGUUUAAAGUGAUGAACGAUAUCAAAUUUAGGCUGUUUUGUUAUCAUUUAUGGCAAUCUAUUGCUAUUUCCUGAAGUGUAAUAGUUUGUUUUUGAAUCUCUGGCGCGUUUGUUUUUUAAAUUUAAUGUGAAAUGGGAGAGUACCGAAUGGUAUUAUUAUUUUAUUUUAUCCCUGUAUAGUGUAAGGGUUUCCUUGUGAUUCAGCUGAAGUGAAACUGAAAGCUGUGUUUUGUUUGCAGUUUCUCAUUAUCUAAUAUAUAGCCUAUAUAUAAUUUCUAGGCUGCUUUUAGAAGCUGUUAGUGUUAAAGCAAAAUUUAAGUUGAAAAUGAAAAGAAUCUUAUUUUGAAACAUGAUUGGAACCCAACUACUUAGUUUUAUUGUUAUUAAUGUUAUCCCGUCACAAAGAUGUAUCUUUUGUUUUCAUUGGCGCAUUUCCCUUUUGGUGUAUGUGUAUUUAAUCAUUGAUUCAUGUGAAGGGUGGAACUCAAACACCAAAGCAAAACCAUGGACUAUUGAGAGAGAUCCAUCAUCUUCCAAAGUCCAGAUUUUUUAGUUAUGCCUUUGAGUGUUCAUGUGAAGAAUUGUUCAUUGAAAACUAGUUCUCAUUUACUAGGCCCUGUUUUCUUUUGUUGAACUUACUGCCUCAUCUGGCAAGUUGAAUAAAGCGGUCAUAUACAA